UUGACGCCUUCUUGGUGGCUCUAAUUCGCGCGGGCUCAGGCCUCGCGGGAGGUCGGGUUGCGACUCGUUCCGCCUCGCCUGCUUCUGUCCGCUUCGGCAAAGGGCGCCACUGGUCGUGAGGGUACCUUACUCUGUUCCCACCCCGGAUCCAGCUUGUUGCGCAGUUAUAUGUGACGAUCGUCUGUUUUGUCUACUGUCUCCUGCGCGCCGCGCGCCCGAGGUCGACGGGAUGGGUGGUUCGGCAGCGCGCAAGCGCAAUGGCUGCGGUAGUACUUCCGGGAGAACGGCGCUGUGGGACUUUUUUGGCGCGAGGGCGGCCGGCGGCCCGGAGGGCGCGGCUCGCGCUCCGUGUUUUGGGUCCGGGCGGCGCCAUGCGCUACAACGAGAAGGAGCUGCAGGCGCUCUCCCGGCAGCCGGCCGAGCUGGCGGCCGAGCUCGGCAUGCGGGGCCCCAAGAAAGGCAGCGUGCUGAAGCGGCGACUGGUGAAGCUGGUGGUCAACUUCCUUUUCUACUUUCGGACGGACGAGGCCGAGCCCGUCGGAGCCCUACUGCUGGAGCACUGCAGAGUCACCCAGGAAGAGCCCAGCGGCUUCUCCAUCAGCUUCAUCGAGGAUCCGGAGAGGAAGUAUCACUUUGAGUGCCGCAGUGAGGAACAGUGUCAGGAGUGGAUGGGGGCUCUGCGUCGAGCCAGCUACGAGUUCAUGCGGAGAAGCCUUAUAUUCUACAGAAAUGAGAUCCAGAAAAUGACUGGCAAGGACCCCCUGGAGCAGUUUGGCAUCUCCGAGGAGGCCAGGUUCCAGCUGGGUGGCUUGAAGGCCUGAGUGUAGGGUGGGGCUUUUCAGCUUUUCUACUGGGGCUGGAAGAGCCCUCCCCGUCCUCACCAGGCCCUGGGGUUCCUGGCCGAGCCUGGAUUUGCUGCAGCAGACUUCAGAAACCCAAGACUGGUGGAGGUGGGCGGGGGCAGGUUGGAGAGACAACCCAGUGACCCCACCCCCCACCCCCACCCUGGUGCCUCAGGCCCACCCCCUGACUCCCCCCCCCCCCCUCCCCCAGACUGGUCUGGCACCUGCUGGUGCCACAUGCUGCUACCGGGGGAUGAGUGUCCCCUCCCAGAAGCUGUGCCCAGCCCUUGGGUGUAUCCAUCUGGGGCCUGAAGCGCCCAAGGCUGGUGCAGCCCUGCUUCCCUGUGCAGGCUGAAUGUACGAAGCUAGAUGAUGCUGUGAAGGGCGUGGGGGCCGGGCCUCCUGGAGCCACUGUGAAUUCUACUCCUGCCGAUGGGCAGGCCCUGGCUGGGCACCUCCGGGCGGGGAGCUGCAAGCAUUGACUCAGGCCAGCGUGCUUGUUCUGUUCAAAUAAAGGUACCUCUUUUCCACGUGG